AUGCUAAUAGCAAUUUUAGGUACCGGAACCUUCGUACCAUUCUUCACUACUCGCCAUCCGGCAAUACCAGCAUUUGUAGAAGCACCGUCACCACCAAUACCGUUGGUAGCACCAUUUUUAGCAACUACUAUGGUACCUCGAGCUGUAGUACCAAAUGUUAUUGAUACUGCUACAUCUUUCAAACCUAGAGUGGUAUCAACAGCCCAACCGUUUGAUGAAAUUUCGAGUGAAGUGGAAAAUCCACAUGUUCAAAUCUUUGGUCCACAAUCUUCAUUAAAACCACCGCAACUAACGGUGCAGCCAUACUGGAUGACUAGUCCUUCCAGUGCCAGAAUGAUACUUGGCUUAAUUUCUAGCAGUAUAUCACAAUUUACCGGUGUAGGAUCGGAAGAGACAGAAGGCGAUGGUAAUUUAUUCCGUCAGUUACCGCAAUUUCUUCGUUUACUGCAAGGAGGGUAG